AUGUCUAUCAGCUCUACCGUUACUUGUACUUUGUUUUUAUCAUUCAUAACUUAUAGUUAUUGCAUUUCUUGUUUUGGGGGAAAGCGUACGUUGAAGAGCGCUGCAAACUUUGAUACGUACGAUUGUCCAUCGUUUUCUCUAUGUUUUUCACAUAUUACGUUUGCCAAAGAAGUCGACGCCGUAAUCAGUAAAGGAUGUACGAACCCAGAUCAGAAUGUUACAAUGUCUACAACGAAAAUAUGUGCAUUAAACUCGUCUUUCAAAAACUCCGAAGAGGAUGAUCGUCAGUGCUAUUGCGAUACCGACUUUUGUAAUGAAGCUCCACGAAGUACCGGAUACAUCUUCACAGCAUUUCUUAUGCUGUUCUCUACUUUUUUGAUGAAUGCAACCUUUCUGUGA